CGCAGUUCCAGUCCCCGACCAGCAGGUGGCGGAGCUGCUCCCUGAAAGCUGGUCAGCGCCGGAGCUGCCUUUGCCUUGAUCUCCAUUUUGGAUGUUUUUCCUGGAGGUUAGCACCUACUCUCUCAGCGGCUAGCAGCGCAGCUCAGGCAGUGUGACAUUUUUGCAUGACUACUCACUGCAAAAUCGGACCCGGGAAACUGAAAAGCAGACAGAACACACCCAGAAUCACGAGCCCUGCUGCUUGGUGUAGUCAUGUAGCGACGACACGACGAGUGGGGAGUAACAGAAUCAGUCAGCGUGUUGUGAACUGCCACUUUCAACCAAAACAAUGUUGACUGAUGACCUGUGGACUCUCAUUAGCAGCCUGUCAUAUCAAGGAUGGAUCAAGGUGGAGUGAAGAAGAUAGCGUACAGAAGAAAUGACCAUCUAAGCAAACUGGUCUACACUGAAAGCCCUGAGGAGGGAGGUCUUCUGAAGGUGGCUCCUCACAGUGCCAUGUCCAUCACCUCUCCUCCUCCUGUUGUUCUUCCAUCCAGCCCAUUAAUGCAGCCUGGACAGGUGACCAACGGCCUCAGCAACAGCCCACUUCCAGAGGAGCUAGCCUCAGCCCCUGCCACGACCGGUUCCUCGGCUGACAGUUCAGAAACCAGGGGCGUGACCAAAGAUCAGAGGCCUGAAGAGCUACAGUUGUUCCAGACGCAGACUUUCAACACUUUUGGGCAUCAGGUCCUGCCCCAGUUGAAUGCCAGCAUGGCAGACAUCACCCAGUCCUCCAUGGACUCUCUCAUCGGGGGGUCGGAUCCCAACUUAUUUGCUGUGAAAACGGAGGAUUUCUCCAUGGAUAAAGGCGAGCAGGACCCCAACGAUCUGGACCAUGCCUUUGACCACAUUGGCAAAGAUGUGGACAUGAACCAGAAACUGUUCAACGAAACCAGUCUGGAUCUCCUUCAAGAGUUUGACCUCACCGCAUCCCCCUCCGAUUUUUACGUAGGGGACGAUGAUGCCUUUUUGUCCACGCUGGCAGACGAUUCGUUGCUCGCAGACGGGGAAAUGAGAGGGACAACUGAGAGGGACGUGAAACCCUCCGUGGCCGAGAGCGUCGGCACCACGAGAGUCUGCGACAGCAGCAAGGCAUCGAGCCCACUUGAAUCCAAGUCCAAGUCUCCUUCUUUGACCCCUGCAACCACUUUCCCCGCCGUGGUGAAGAAAGAAAAAGAUACCGACUUCAUUCAGCUCUGCACACCAGGCGUGAUUAAGAAGGAGAAGUCGUCUUCGGGGUAUUGUCAAAUGAGCAGCUCAAGCCCCAUCUCUAUCUGUGGGGUGAGCACUUCAGGGGGCCAGAGCUUCCACUUUGGAAUCAGCACCAGAAACAACGACGCUCUGCAGGAGAAGGACCAGAAACCCGUGUCUGGCUUGUUCCUCCCAGUAACGACCAUCAGUGGAGCCUGGAACCGGAACCAGGGCGACAACUCAGUGAUCUGCAGGGCCAGUGAGGUUUUCUCAAGCUCUUCCUCCUUCUCCUCCAGCUUUGCCAGUUCCAUCUCCAGACAGGAAGGGGGCACUCCAACAUCCACCACCCAGGGAAAGAGCGGGACUCAUAAAAUCUGUCUGGUGUGCUCUGAUGAGGCCUCGGGGUGCCAUUAUGGAGUCCUCACAUGUGGCAGCUGCAAGGUGUUCUUCAAGAGAGCAGUGGAAGGCCAGCAUAAUUACCUGUGCGCUGGGAGGAACGACUGCAUCAUUGACAAAAUCAGGCGAAAGAACUGCCCGGCCUGCCGCUUCCGCAAAUGCCUGAUGGCCGGCAUGAACCUGGAAGCUCGCAAAACAAAGAAGUUGAAUCGCUUAAAGGGCAACCAGAACAGCAACCCGCCGGAGAUGAUGCCUUCGCCGCCGGUCGAGGCUCACUCGCUGGUGCCCACGUGCGUGCCUCAGCUCAUCCCCACCAUGCUGUCCCUGCUGAAGGCCAUAGAGCCGGACACCAUCUUCGCCGGCUACGACGGCACGCUCCCCGACACGUCCACGCGCCUCAUGACCACACUGAACAGGCUGGGUGGGCGACAGGUCAUCUCUGCCGUGAAGUGGGCCAAAGCUCUGCCAGGUUUCAAGAACCUGCACCUGGACGAUCAGAUGACCCUGCUGCAGUGCUCCUGGCUCUUCCUCAUGUCUUUCAGCCUGGGCUGGAGGUCUUACCAGCAGUGCGACGGCAGCGUGCUCUGCUUCGCGCCAGACCUCGUCAUCAAUGAGGAGCGGAUGAAGCUGCCCUACAUGGCCGAGCAGUUUGAGCAGAUGCUGAAGAUUUCCAGUGAGUUCGUCCGGCUGCAGGUGUCCCUUGAGGAGUACCUGUGCAUGAAGGUCCUGCUGCUGCUCAGCACAGUGCCCACGGAUGGCCUGAAGAGCCAGACGGUGUUCGACGAGAUCCGCAUGUCGUACAUCAAAGAGCUGGGAAAAGCCAUAGUGAAGCGCGAGGAGAACUCCAGCCAGAACUGGCAGCGUUUCUACCAGCUCACCAAGUUGUUGGACUCCAUGCACGAGAUGGGCAGCGGACUGCUCAGCUUCUGCUUCUACACCUUCGCGAACAAAUUCCUGAGCGUGGAGUUCCCCGAGAUGCUGGCCGAGAUCAUCAGCAAUCAGCUACCAAAAUUCAAGGCUGGAAGCGUCAAGCCUCUCCUCUUCCACCAGAAGUGACUGUUUCCCGUAGCAGCAACAAUGCCUUAAACUCCCACCAUGUCACCUCACCAGCCCGACAAAGCCUCCCCCACCCCUUCGCCCCCUCGGGAAAGAGCAACAACGACAGGACUUUACACCAGUAGGGAGCGGUGUUUUUUUCUAGCAUCUCUGUGCAGCAGGCUGAUGGGUCUGAUGGGGUGGAGGUGGAUGGGGGGGGGGAGAAGCAAUGUUUGUGUAGGAACCAGACCGUGAGCACAAGACGUUUCGCUGUGUUGAGUAGUCUAAGAUGUAGUGUCUGAUAACGAAUAGGAAACGUUUGUACAGCUAACGGCAAAGAGAAAUAGGCUAAAAUUCAUGUUGUCUCAGGUGUCUUACCUUGAAAUUCAGAGCGAUAUCUGAAAUAGAUAUGACAAAAUAUCUAUGUAAAGGUUCUGAUAGUAUUUUCUACAUUUUCAAAGUAACAGUUUAUACACUUUUCCAGGUCAUCGUUGCCCAAAGAGGCAACAAAUCGGAACAACACGCUCUUAUUACGUAGGCUUUUUGUGUUCCGCUUUUAGUUUUUAUAGGAGGUUGUAACGAAAUGUUUUUUCAGCCGCACAGAUACAACAACGAAAAGGAAAAAAAAAAACCAACAACAACAACAACAACAGUUUUCUAGUGAUUUUCAAAAGCAUAUUUUAUUUGCUUUGAUUAACAUAUAAAGUCGUGUGGGCCGCUACCUGAUGGAGUCCUCCCACAAGCAGACCUCUUCCAGGUUUACAUGUCAACUACAAAAGGGAAAAAGAUGUGCCUUUUUUGCUUCGAAUAUCAUCUAAGCCAUUUUUUUCCUGCUACACGUGAACCUCUCAUCAUCUACCUUCAUUAUAAGUUGAUUGUACUUUUUUAUAUUACACGCAGUUGCAGCUUUUCUCUGUUCUUGUGGCUGUUUAUCUUUACAAAUGGCAGCUCGCUUCAUCCUCUGUGUGUAGAAGUGUUGCUCUUGCUAAGAAAUGAUAUUUAGCCUGUUUCCCUUCCCCGCGACCCGGCGCGCACGUCGGCGCGACCCGGCGCGCACGUCGGCGCGACCCGGCGAGUACUCGGCGCUCUGCGAAAGGCUUUACAAGACUGUGAAGAUAGGCUUGGCUGUUGUAUAUCGGUCUUUGGAGAAAGACUUAAAAGAUGGAAAGUGUGGACUGUUUUUUUCCAUCUUGCCCCAGUAGUCUAAUCUUAGAAAACAAGUGAUGGAUAUGUGCGUUUCUCAAUCACAAGUGAAAGGGCAUGUAUUGUUGUGCUUGCAAGUUUGUCGUUUUUUGAUAUUUGGAAGUACUAAUAAUAUCUGUAGAUUUAUUACUGCUGGAAGUGAUUAGAGAAUAACCGUCCUGCACCCUUUCUCUUUUUUUUUUUUUUUUUUUUUUUUUUUUAAACAAUCGUUUGGAAUAAAUAGUCGUGAUUCCUCUGAAGACUCUUCCUCCGCAGUACAAACUUUGCUCUUUGUAAGAAUUGGCUAUGAGUACCUUUUAUUCUUGAAACUGCGUACGUUUUGUUUUCUUUAAGGGAUAGUUCAAUUUUUUGGGGGGGGAAACCAGUGUUUUGCAAAGACACAGGUUGGUACUACUGUCAUGUCUCUGCUAUAAGCCCAAGUUAAGAACAUGAAAAAGUGAAUCAUGACUGAAAGAAAGAAAGCUCUUACCUCUUGUUAUCGACCAUUUCUUUACUGAGACGAGAGGUCUGGCCUCCACCAGCUGACCAUCCGUCUCUGUCUCGCACAAUUGCAAGCAAGAGAGCUACAUGAUUGUAAAUAAAAAACAUUGAUAUGAUCAAUUAAAACUUAAGUUAUCUUUAUGCCUGAUUUGAUAGAGUUUUAUAAAUAAGUCGUGUUUUUGUUGUCGAGAAAAUUCUAAAUGAAGAAUUGCACUUAUAAUAUAAGAUAUGAAUUUGAGUAUGAUGCAAAUGCAAUGACAAUUUGGAUUCAAAGUAAUCAAUAAACCUUCCCAGUCACAGGCGUGUAGAUUACUGUACUGCUAAGCAGUGCCUUGAACUUAUAAAAUAGAGUUCUGUGCCAUCCUUUCUGGUGUCUCAUAGACCGCAGGAUGUAAAAUACUGUCAGAUACCCAAAACUCGGAGCAGCGUGUAACGCAAAGGGCUUCCAGCACCAUGUCAAAUAUAUCCCAGAAUCCCGCAUCACUGUAGAGACAUGAUGUGUAUUAAUCUCAGGUCUUAGCAAGAACACAAAAUAUGAUGGGGUUUUUUUUUCCCCAGAAAUCAAAUAUAAUCCUUUUCAACAGAAUAAGCAACGGCUUAAUGAAUAAACAGCACUUUUGUUCAGGCGUUGGUCGAUCAUGUUAACCUCCCACAGACGCUGAUAACUGAUAAGUAUCCCCACUGUGCUCUCUCUGCGGCCCAACUUGACCUAACGUUUGUGUGUGUGUGUGUGUGUGUGUGUGUGUGUGUGUGUGUGUGUGCCGCACCCUUUGCAUGUGCUCUGAUUGUCUGCUACGCAGCCGUGCCCCGACGACCCCCCGCCUCUUCCCCGCUGCGUUUCUUUUACCGCUCUUUGCAUCAGUUACCACAUCGCAGUGAAAAGGUUCUGACUGCAGAGGCAGGCAGAACUCAUUGUUUUUAUUCUCUGGGAACUCUUUUUGUGUUUUGUUUGCUUUUUUUUUUUCCAGUGCCAAACUCCUGUUUUUUUUUGUCUAUUUUCAGGGAUGCUAAAAGUUGGUCAGUAUUUGUAUUAUUAUUAUUAUUUUAUUUUUUUAAUUCUCAGACAAAUCCAAGCAUUAAAGCGUAAACACUUAUCUGGCGGAAGGAGCAAGAAGCCCAGAGCUGCCUGACCUUCAGUCCGAUGCGGUAACGGGGGAGUGCGCCGGUGUUUCUGAGUGCUGCGUUGCAACGUCUUUCUUCUAAUCCGCGCAGCUUGUCGUCUGUUUGUCUCCUAACUCCCGAUCUGUCUGUUCCUUCGAGAUUUUACUAUGAAUGUGAUACUUAGAGAGUUAUCAAUAAAUUAGAUAUGAACUGUUAUUUGUAGAUAUGUCGUGAGCUGCCAGAAAGAAACAAAAUAUGUCAAGUAAACAACUGCAAAGUGCUCACUUAUAUAUAUAUAGUAUAUAUAGAGAGAGAGAUAUAUAUCUAAAUAUAAAACAUGGCAAAGCGAACUGUUUUUAAAUGUUUAUCCCAAAUACAUAAAGAAAAAGUACCUAUAUAUGUUUUACUCUGCUCCAGAGCUCAGGUUUCAAAAACAGAUGAUCUGAUUCACACUUGCGUUGAUGUCCACCUUCUGCUCCGAUGUGAAGAACCAAAAGCGUCCGACAGCUUCACACAUGCGUGGUUACUUCUGUGUUUAGUUUUAUUUUAUUUUAUUUUUAACGUUUUGUUAUUUUUAAAAGUCAGUUGACAGAUGUGCAAAGUUGUAAGGAAUCUGCCUCCGCCGCUCAUAUACUGUCUGUAGACUCUAACAAACGUUCUGUUUUCCUCUGAGGUUCAACCAGAAUAGAUGAAAACCAUCCUUGCUACCUACCUGUUUGAGGGUUACUUUCACAUUCAGUGUAUCCAAAUCUCUGCUGCUGCUCUUCAUCUUUACAAGUAUAUAUAUAUAUUUAGAGAGAGAGAGAAAGAAAGAUAGAUAUAUGUAUAUACAUAUAAAUAUAUAUGUAAGAAAUUGCACACUUGCCUCAUCUUGCCCAAAAAUGUAUCCCGUUUACAUUUUUGCGCACAACUGAAUAUGCAAUAGAAAAGACAGCUAAUCUAUCAACUUCACCUCGUUUUUUGUUUUCCUCGUUUUUUUAACACGGUAUAAGCUACUUUCAUACAGGGGAUCUCACUUCUGACUUUUGUCUCUGCAGGCCAGAUUUUCUUAUAUUCAGAAAAUUGUAAUCACUCACACAAACGACCUAUUUAAUGUUUGAGUACAAGGUGACCAAAGGCGACACAUUACACACAAUGUCAGUGUAAAACUCCAGAGCUCUGAGAUGACAAACGCACAGCUCUAUUCAGCGGGUCCCGCAAACCCAUUUUUUGUUUCCCUUUGUUUUUGUUUUUUAAACAAGCCUUUGGUCAAAUUGUGUGAUACUGUGAAUAGGAUAGGACUUGGGCUUUUUCAUACACAAAACUGUUUGUGAAAGUAAUCAACCAGCUUGAAUCUAAGAAAUUGCACUACCCAAAUAUUGUUUGAAAGUCUAUUUUGUAUAAAACAUAUGCAGACAGAAACUAUGAGACUAACAAAGGGCGGAUCACGUUUCACUGGUGUAUGUUUUCUCAGAAAAAGAAAAAAAAAAGAGCUUUUGUUUGUUUGUUUUGCCUAAAAAGUUUAAUAUGUACAUAUAAUCCAUUGUAAAGAACAUGUGGUGUAUUUGUCUUCAGAUGGUUUUUCAGCACCUUCCCCUCUGUAUUAUUUCUCCUCUGUAGCGUGACUCUUGUCGAUCUUUCUCCUCCAUCGAUUAAAGGUCAAAUCGUACGUGUUUGUGUGGUACUUCUCCAAUAAAAGCGUCCGAAUGCUGA